AUGAGAGAAAAGAGUAGAACCGUAACACUCCCUCCAUCGGUCCUUGCACCAGCCCGUCUACCAAAUGCCGGUCCAGGGCCAACUGCUGCACUGCUCAAGACACUGAAGGAUAACCACGAGCGCAGCCAUGUUGUCUUCAACGACUACAGUUUUAUCAACCAUGCUGCCCACCACUUGUUAGCAAUAUGGGCCCUCGGAGCAUCUGGUCCUUUAAUCACAGCUGCGUAUGAGGACACUCACCUCGACCAUAUGCGUGAUGCUUUCCAGGCACCCGACCGUGUCGUCAUCUCAGAUGACAACUUCCAUGACUACCUCGGGGACGAAAACUAUUAUAAUGCUUACUUGGACUAUUUCCGCAAAGUAGUUCUCGCCCCAGGCGCUACCAUCUCAAGCACCCUUGAAAAGUACAUUUUCUCUUCAGAGUACAAUAUCAACACCUCUCUCGCACCGGGCAAACAGCAGCCUGAAAUGUUGAACCGCUUUGUGGAGCAAGUCAUACAUGCCCUCAUUCAUGCAGGUUAUGGCGCAGAGUUCAAAUUGCCAGGCAUGCUUGUUGAGGGGCUCGCCCAGACGAGCAUUCGUCCAGCGCGGAGAUCCGCCCUCGUUUCCCGUUUGCUUUUUCCUGGAAACCCAGACAGGCCCAAAUCACACGUACACGCGCUCACGAUUCUCUCGCAUAUGCUCGCCGAUAGCCGUUUCUGGACUCAUAUCCUUAAGAAGCACGAAUUCAAGGCCAUGAUGGUGUCGCACGGUGAACUCAUCAACUCGUACGCAGAGAUGUGGACGUGCGAGAUCAACAGCCAGGAUGAUUUCAGUCACCACCUCGAGGAGCUCGUAUGGGCAAGCACUGUUAUGUACGGCGUCAGCAGCUGGGACGGCGAGAGCGAUGAGUAUCGUGCAGACUUCUUCACUAUGCACAUCGUCACCUCAUGCCUCUUCCUCCCGUCUCUUUGCGCUCACCUAUCAUACAAAAGCCAAUCUCUCCUACUGCGUGCGCACUUCCUCGCGAGCAUCACCUGGUGGCUUGUACGUGGGCGCGGCGCGGUCCCCCUGCGCAAGUUCUUCGCCGCACCGCUUGCGCCCCUGCCAUCCCCAGCGCACUUUAAGUACGCAACGACGCUUCCUGGCGUGCUACCCCAGCCAGCAGCAUGCGCACUACUCGGCGGGGACAGCCCGCACGUGGUCACGCCCAACGUAUGGUAUCCCGUCCUACAGAAUGCGAUCGUGCACCCGAAUGAGCAUCUGUGCAAGUGCCAGCGUGCGCUUGCGCACUUUGCUGUUCUGUACGGACACCGUGAGGCCGGCUUCAUGUCAGAAGUGCUGUCUUCGAGUCCGGCUGUCAGCUGUCCUGACACGCCAUUGAUGCCUGGUGGCCUCGAGCUUCCAGAGGGAGAAUGCAAAGCGCUUGAUGCGCCUGAGUGGGAGUUCCUUGAUGGGAGCUUGUUCUUGCGCGUAGCUUGGUUGACAAGUGCUGCGCUGGGAUGGGUGAGGGAGGGCGAGCCAAAUAAGGGUAUCUGGGAUUACCAGGAAUUUUUGAGACAUGAGAUCGAAGCCAAGACGAAGCCGUAG